CUCUCUCUCCUCCGGCGCUGUCUCUCUCUUCCGCGCCGGCGUCCGUCGUGAUCUUCGGCAUCGCCGGCGUCAUGUUCUGAGCUAGAAACGGAUACGCGUAUUCCAAGAGAACGACGCUGUCUCAGUCGUAGCUUUAAUUUUCGGGGUUCACCGAAUAAAAAACCUGGCUCUCACAACUCACGAGUCCCACUCUUUCUUCGCUGCGGCAUUGGUAGUCUAGUCUCUUAGAGUCUUGGAAUUCUGCAGUGCAGGAGGGGUGAUUGUUUCCUAAUUGAAUUCCGUUUGUUCUUGAAACAUCCCAAAGGGUCUCAACUUCAGUUAAGAGGCCAAGGUUCACUGUAAAUUAAACUCGAAGUCUCUUAAAUUCCCAUAAGAACAUGGAAGGAUUCGAAGAAUGGAAGAAACAGGCAGAGCAAUGGUCAUCUCAAGCAUUGCAACAAUGGAAGAAACAGGCAAAGCCAUUAUGGUCUCAAGCACAUGAGUACAUUCAGCAGGUUCCGCCUACUCAGGUCUAUGCUGCUCUUGCCAUCUUGCUAGUAACCUCAGUUUUACUCUUAUUAGGUAGGUUGUUCAAACGGCAAAAAGCUAAUACCAUAUUGCUGAGUGGGCUUAGCGGGAGUGGAAAGACUGUUCUUUUCUAUCAACUUCAGGAUGGGUCUGCUCACCAAGGUACUGUGACAUCAAUGGAACCAAAUGAGGGAACUUUUGUGCUCAAUUCUGAAAAAUCAAAGAAUGGAAAGUUAAAGCCUGUGCAUCUUGUUGAUGUUCCUGGACAUUCUCGUCUCAGACCCAAACUAGAUGAGUUCCUGCCUCAAGCAGCUGGUAUAGUUUUUGUGGUGGAUGCUUUGGAAUUCUUACCAAACUUGCGUGCUGCUUCAGAGUACCUGUACGAUCUUUUGACCAAGGCAAGUGUGGUGAAGAAGAAAAUUCCCAUUCUUAUUCUCUGCAACAAGACAGACAAAGUGACAGCACAUAGCAAGGAGUUCAUUCGCAAACAAUUGGAGAAGGAAAUUGACAAAUUACGGGCAUCAAGGAGUGCAAUAUCAACAGCUGAUAUUGCAAAUGACUUUACUCUUGGAGUACUUGGUGAACCAUUUUCAUUCACUCAGUGUCAGAACAAAGUUACAGUUGCAGAAGCUGCGGGUAUUAUAGGCGAGGUAGCUGAGGUGGAACGGUUCAUCAGGGACCAUGUAAAGUCUUAGGAUGUUUUAUUGGAUUUCAUGAAUUUGUGGUGUUUCUGCUCUGAUAGAGUUAGAUGGGGUGAAUUUUGUGGUUUGAUCAUUGAAAAUCCUCAAAAAAGAUGCCUGACCAAUUAAACUUUUCAAGGAAGGAUUUUAAAGGAGGAAAACGGAAGUGACACUAAUCCAUGUUUGUGUUGUAGUGGGUGACUGAAUAUGAUACCAAGAACAGCUUUUGUUUGUGUUUUA